AUGGUGGCAUUUGCCCUACCUCCUUUUAGCAUUUUGCCUUUUAUGAUUGCACACUGGCUUCUAUCUUACGACCAGCCAAUAUGGACGCAGAGUCAACGCCAAAAGACUCAACCAAAAGCUGUCAAGUCCGAGACCAGGCUCACAUUUGGUGUCGAGAUCGAAUACCUCUUAGCUACUGUUCACCCCAUUCAUCCUUCUCCUGACCCGCGGGAUCCUCCAUCAAUGCUUUGGACUUCUGCUACGGGUGAUCUGCCAAGUGAUGAUGAACUUGAAACUAAUUGGCUCCUUAAACAUGAUGCGACCGUCCUCGGUAUUGUGCGAGUCGAUCCAUAUUACAGGGAGUUUGGCAUGGAAAUGUCAUCUCCGCCAUACUACUAUGACGAGGCUUCCCGGGAAGUUGGAUACCAGCAGAAAUUUUGUCGAGCUUUUCCCUGGGGCACCUUCGGCCAAGCAAAUCCAGAUAUCACACGCCUUGAUUUCCUCAACCACAUUCUUUCUUCCGAGAGCUAUGAGCAACUCAUCAUAGAUUUCACGACAGAGUUUACCGACCGCCUUGGAUUCAACAUAGGCAAUCUAACCCUCCCCUACAAAAGUUCCAAACGCACCAUCGAAUUCCGUCUCCAUCAAGGCACCCUAGAUCCCGACGCCAUCCUCCAUUUCACACAUCUCUGCAUCAAACUAACCGAAAAAGCCUGUCUAACCAAAAACCAAGAAGCACACAUCGGGCGUCUCAGAACCGAUGUGGAAAAACCCAUCGGUCUAGGUGUCCAGGAAUGCAGCACCGUCGAUCUCCUCAUGUGGCUGGGAUGUCCGGCGCAGGCUUAUUACUAUGGUAUUGCAAUGGUAGCGACGGAUGCAAAGAAAUUUAAAGAGCGGAUUGAGCAGGAUACGCGUCUCGCGAGGGAGCAGGCGCAACUGGCUUAUGAGAGGUGGGUGGAGGCGAGGAGGAAGGAGAAGGCGUUUGCGGAUGAGGGGGGGGAGGACCGUUCGCAGCGUGGGGAGGAGUCGAGUUCGGGGUCGCCUGUUGCGCCGGGUUUUGAUCUUUCGAGUUAUGAUUUUGAUAAUUUGGAUAUGAGGGGGGGUUUUUGA